UUGUCUUCCUGCUUUACUUAUAAGUCGGAAGCUGUUGCCGGGCAAUGUGGCAGCCUAACGGCAACACACAAUGCGCGAGGCACCCAUGUUACACCCCCUCCUGCUUUGCGCCUGCUCUGUAAGGAGCAUAUAUAUGUAGCUCAUGAAUGCUAGCUUGAUUUGAAAAGUGACAGCACAGUCCUCAGUGGAAAUUACGCUAGCGUAGCAUAGCAUGGUGAAAUUAGCCAGUAACAAGCGGACCUUAAAAUGAUGUGAAAGUGUGGAUGUGGCAGUCAUAUCGUGUGCCUUAGUCGACCACCGUUUAAGUGGGAAUUUUUAUUUUGACGAAGAAAGAAAGGAAGAAAUGCUCACUUGUGAUAUAUUGGCGCGUUUAUGUUAGCCUGCUAACGCUAGCUACCUAGCAUUCUGGCUAAUAGGAACUCAGGACCGGCUAGUCAGCGGACUGAACAGUCAGCAGCCAAGAUUUGUGUAAACUUGAAGCAAUGGAGAGUGACCCGCAAGCAGCCUCCGAGCGAAUUCUACUGGAGCCAUACAAGUACUUGUUGCAGCUGCCAGGAAAGCAAGUGAGGACAAAACUAUCACAAGCGUUUAACCACUGGCUUAAUGUUCCCGAGGACAAACUGCAGGUGAUCAUCGAGGUGACGGAGAUGCUUCACAAUGCCAGCUUGCUAAUAGAUGACAUCGAGGACAGCUCCAAGCUCCGGCGAGGCUUCCCCGUCGCUCACAGCAUUUAUGGCAUUCCCUCCGUCAUCAACUCUGCCAACUACGUCUACUUCUUGGGCUUAGAGAAGGUGCUGACCCUGGAGCACCCCGAGGCUGUCCGAGUGUUUACCCGGCAGCUGCUGGAGUUGCACCGCGGUCAGGGUCUGGACAUCCACUGGAGGGACACCUACACCUGUCCCACUGAGCAGGAGUACCGCAACAUGGUGCUACAGAAAACAGGAGGGCUCUUUGGCCUGGCUGUUGGCCUGAUGCAGCUCUUCUCAGACUGGAAACAGGACCUGAAACCCCUCCUGGACACCCUGGGCCUCUUUUUCCAGAUCCGCGACGACUACGCCAACCUGAGCUCUCGUGAGUACAGCGAGAACAAGAGCUUCUGCGAGGACCUGACUGAGGGCAAGUUCUCUUUCCCCACCAUUCACGCCAUAUGGUCGCGUCCAGAGAGCACCCAGGUGCAGAACAUCCUGAGGCAGCGCACGGAGAACAUGGACAUCAAACGAUACUGUGUUGACUACCUGGAGAAGGUAGGCUCGUUCGCUUACACCCGUCAGACUCUGCGGGACUUGGAGAUAGAGAGCUACCGCCUCAUCAGGGAGUUUGGGGGGAACCCUCAACUGGAAAGCCUUGUUAAACACCUCAGCCAAAUGCAUCAUGAGGCUGAAGAUGCAGCAGAGUCCAGUGCUGAGCCACAGUCAAGCCACAACCAAUGACCUCAUCCUACUUUACAUAAUCUCCCCUGCACACUCCACUAACACAUACAUUUGUUAAUACACUGAUGCAAGUUCAGUACAGAUACUGGUAUGUCAUAUUCACAAACUAUUUAAUGACUCACAAUGAAAAGCCACGUUUCCACCCGGAGAAAAUCUUUACUCCCAGCGACUGAAAGGUUCCUUCAUCCUGUCCAUCCCAGUUUCAGUGUUUUAAUAUAUAAAAAGAAGGUCUGGACUUUGUCGGCUGUCUUAUGCUCUUUUUUUUUUUUUGUAUCUCCAUGUUAGUGUUUUAAAGCACAAUUAACAAAAACAAACUAGUUUCAGGGUACAGAAUUUUUUAAAACGGUGGCGGAAAUAAAUGGUUUGAGUACCAGCCCAAUCAGCAGUGUUCUGUGCUGCAAGCCCAACUCCCAAAGUUCCUUCACUACUGGAAGGUACAAACCCCCCAUGACUCUUUUUUGGAGUAAAAUGAUGCCCCUGGUCCUCCAAAGGUUUCUAGUCCCUGAUGUUCCCGUGGUGGAAACAUGGCUGAUCAUUACACUUGAAUUUUGAUGGUUACAGCUGUGUUCAGCUGCUACAAGACAGCCCCAAAUGUUGCCUCUUUAUUUUGGUACUCGUCAGCAAUUUUUGGCAUCCAAGUGUAGCUGUGCUGUCAGUGGGAGAAAUCAAUUAAAAUACAAACUAACUUGUUACAGUUUUUGGUUUUCUGAGAAUGAACAAUAACAAGUGUGCAACAAAGCUUGAACGCCUUCCUUUUGAUGUGCACAACAGUGCAUAUAAAUGUAUUUUUUUAAUGUUUUGUCCCUAUAUGAAAACGGAUAACCUAGGGCAGAGUGAAUGCUGGGUGCUUUUUCUGAAGUCCCUGUUUUAAAGAAGAUGUGGAUGUCUCGAAUGUAUGAUCUGUGAUUUAGGGGUCCUUGAUCAUUAAGCUGCCUGAGUGCCAAUCUUUUAGGGAAAAAAACCCUCUGCAACUCAAUUGUCUGCUUGUUAUGUAACAUGCUGGCAUUAUAUGCAAAGUAGAGCUUGUGCUGUUCCUGCUCAGCUGUUCAUGAAUUCUCUGUCUGCUCGGGUUUAUUGCAGACUGUUUCCAUUCUCAGAUUCAACACAGUUCUUCACAGCUCUAAUGUUUUAUUAGGGGGGUAUUUGUAAGUAGACACUGUGCUGAAGUUGACAACUUAUUUGCAUCUGUUGAAUAAAAAAAAAAACCCUUCAAAGAUGA